GGCGGGAGAAAUUGGUAUUAAUUCCUAGUAAGAGGAAGAAAUUUGAACUUUGAAGCACCGCAAAAAUGGAGGCCAGCGAUGCAGACACUGAGAAAAUUCGUUUGGUGACGUUGGCCAUCGGAUGUGGCUUCGACGAACAAUCUGCUCACAAAUGCUUAGAUCGUCUCAUUCAUCUCUAUGGUGAAGAUGGACAAGAUUUUAUCACUGUGGAGCAUUGUGGUGAUGAUUUUCUUGCAAUGCUGGCUGAGUCGAUGCAAGAUACUGAAGAAUGGGAUGAUGUACAAGCUAUGGAAACUGAAACGUGUGGUGCUCUAAGCAGCAUGUUGGGAAAAGAAGUUCCUAUUCAUGAAGUUGACUAUGAAGACGAGGAGGUUCCAGGAAGUAGUGCUCAUGUGAUAGAAGAUUCUCCUAGAACUCAGACACAUCAGAACAUCCUGAUGGUAGAUUCUUCCAGUGAAGAUGAGGAUCCGAAGUUUGAAACUUUUGCAAACAGGAAUUCUAAGUCCUCACCACAUAUGGAUCUUCAUCAUAACAGCAGCUGUUGGACUUCCCCAAGAUCUGGGGAGUGUCGUAGCAGUGUCACUCACGAUUCAGGCUCAUCGUUAUUGCGGAAAAGGGCUAGGAGUUCCCCUGCCAUUCCUACAAAAGAAAGCUGUCCAUCGAGUGGAAAUGAGGGAAUGCUAAGUUACGAAGAAUUACAGGCUUUGGAUGAUUUUGAAUUAGCUAAUAUCGUCAUAUUUGGUAAUAGAUCGUUUCGUCCUUUGCAACACCAGGCAUGUAAAGCAUUUGUCCAAAAGCAAGACUGCUUUAUUCUCAUGCCAACAGGAGGGGGGAAAAGUCUGUGCUACCAGCUUCCCGCGACUCUACAACCAGGUGUGACCAUUGUCAUAUCCCCUCUGCUUUCUCUUAUUCAGGAUCAAAUAAUCACGCUGAAUCUCAAGUAUGGGGUACCUGCAACUUUUCUCAACUCUCAGCAAAGCCCUUCGCAAGCUGCAGCGAUCAUUCAAGAGCUUAGGAAAGCCAAACCCUCAUGUAAGCUCUUGUAUGUAACUCCAGAACGAGUUUCUGGAAAUGCAUCGUUUUAUGACGCUUUAAGAUGUAUGCAUCAACAGGGGCAGCUGGCGGGGUUUGUUGUUGAUGAAGCGCACUGCGUAAGCCAAUGGGGCCAUGAUUUCCGUCCAGAUUAUCGGAGAUUAGGAUGUCUUAAGCAGCACUUUUCAACUGUCCCUGUGAUGGCUUUAACUGCAACAGCAACUCAUUCUGUACGCAAGGACAUAUUAAGUGCAUUAAAAAUACCUCGUGCUCUUGUGUUGGAGACAAGUUUUGAUAGACCCAAUCUGAAAUAUAAAGUUAUUGCUAAGACCAAGGAACCACUCGAGCAGCUUGGCAAACUACUUAGGAAUGGGUUUGACAAUUCUUGUGGUAUAGUGUAUUGCCUUUCAAAGAAUGAAUGUGUGGAAGUGGCGAAGUUUUUGAAUGAGAAAUUUAAGAUCAAAUCAGUGCAUUACCAUGCUGGUUUAGCAGCUCGUCAAAGAGUUUCCAUUCAAACGAAAUGGCAUUCAGGAGAAGUACAAGUUGUCUGUGCUACAAUUGCCUUUGGAAUGGGAAUAGAUAAACCUGAUGUGCGUUUUGUUGUCCAUAAUACGAUGUCUAAAUCAAUUGAAAGCUAUUACCAAGAGUCUGGAAGGGCAGGGAGAGACAAUCUUCCUGCAGAGUGUAUUGCCUUGUAUCAGAAGAAGGAUUUCAGUCGAGUUGUUUGUAUGUUGCGAAAUGGACAAAGUUACAACAAGGACAGCUUUAAGAAAUCAAUGGCUCAAGCUAAAACAAUGCGGGAGUACUGUGAACUGAAGGACGAGUGCAGGAGAAAAACCUUGCUUCAGCAUUUUGGCGAAUCUUUUGAUCCAAAUGGUUGUAAAUAUGGUCCUAAUCCUUGUGAUAAUUGUGUGAAAAACCCUGCUUGAGAGUAAUGACAAGCCUUCAUUUUUGACCAAGACAAUAUAUGAUUUGAGAGAUUGUCUAUCCCACAAACUUUGUGCUGUAGCCAUGUGAUGCAGUUCUCGCUCGUACUGGAGUUGUUACAGAUGGUUCGAGCUCAGUUUUCACUAUGUAACCUGGACUUGGCUACAAGUAAUCGAGACCGAUAUCUAUCAACUUAUAUAGGUGCUAAGAUUGUGCAAUAGCCUGAGUUUUACCGAGUAUAAGUUAGAUAGAACUAUAGAAGUGUCAAGUGUUUAUACCCAUGGUAGAAUACCGAGUUAUAAACUGAAUUAUUUUAUGCAAAUUAGAAUCUCAUAUGAAGUGAUGCUGUAGCUGUACCAUACUUAGAAGUUGUGAUAAUCAUGUCAUUGCGAAUUGUCUUGUAAGUUUGUAAGUAUGUCGUAUAAUUUUCAUUUCAUCA